GCUGCCCUCUCUGCUUCACGUGUCAAACUGGCUAUAUUGUGGAUACCUUGCUUCAUUGCUCUCUGGGUUCCAGUGAAAAUGGUUCUCGAUCCAAACCAUGUCCCCCUCGACCCUCGUCCCUCGUCCCCGGGAAAAGGGAGAAAUGCAUGUGGUGCCUGUUCAGUUACCCUUAAUUUCUUCUCUCAGCAAACUUAGAAUAUCUGUUCCUUCUGAUCUUCGGCCUUUGGAAGCAAGGCAAAGUAUUUUGCUUGCAGUACAGGAGCUUGAAAAACGUUUCCCCGAAGGCCUCCCAAAGCUUAACCCUGUAAAGGCACAAUUCCAUAUGAGAUUGGUCAUCUUUAUAACUUGAAGCUGUUAGUCAUGGAAAAAAAUAAGUUAAAGGGCUCGAUCCCUUUAACCAUAUUCAACAUUUCAUCACUUGAAUUUCUAUAUAUGAGUGGAAACAUGCUUGAAGGACCUUUACCAAGAGACAUUGGAAAUUUGACUAUGCUUACCGCACUUGAUCUUGGAAAUAAUUACUUGACAGGUGUAAUUCCAGAUGAACUUAGUAACCUUCAAGAGUUGGUGGACCUUUCAUUGUAUUUGAAUAACUUUAGUGGUUCUAUCCCAAUUGGUAUCUUCAAUAUCUCUACUCUUGUAUCUAUUUCACUAUCAGAUAACCACUUUUCAGGUAUUCUUCCUUCCACUAUAGGCCAUGGUUUACCUAAUAUUGAAGGAAUAUUUCUAGGUGAAAUCAAUAUUAAUGGUAUAUUACCAAAUUCCAUCUCAAAUUUGUCUAAGCUUACUGUUCUUGGACUGGGUGGAAAUGAACUUACAGGUCCCAUUCCUAAAUCUCUAGUAAACUUAAGACUUCUUGAAGUUCUCCACUUACAAAGCAACUCCUUUGCUGGUGAAACUUCAACACUGAGCUUUAUUACUCCUUUGAUAAACUUAGUAGAUUUGAGGUUAUCUUUCAAUCCCCUAAAUGCAGUUCUUCCAAAGUCUAUUGGCAAUCUUUCUCUUCAAUGGUUUUCGGCGAUAGGUUGUAACCUCAAGGGCCAUAUUCCAAAUGAAAUUGGAAAUUUGAUAAAUUUAUCUUCUUUGGAGCUAGAAGACAAUGACUUUACUGGCAUUGUCCCGACGACGAUAAGUUCUUUGACAAACCUUCAACAACUUUCACUUGGUGUAAAUAGAAUAAGUGGUCCUUUUCCAAAUGGUUUGUGUGAGCUAUCUAGCUUGUUUUUUCUAAAACUUUCACAAAAUCAAAUGUGGGGAAGUAUUCCUACAUGUUUAGGGGAUUUGACUUCCCUAAGGGAGGUUUAUCUUGAUUCUAAUAACUUCACUUCUAGCAUACCUUCAAGUCUAUGGAAUCUCAAAGACAUCUUGAAGUUGAACUUGUCGUCUAAUUUCUUCAAUGGCUCUCUACCACUAGAAUUUGGAAGUCUACUGAAGGUGACUCAACUAUCUUUGGCUCAUAACAGAAUUGAAGGAUCAAUUCCUGAGACAUUUGGAAAACUCGUAAAUUUGGAAGCAUUGGAUCUUUCAUAUAACAAUAUGUCUGGUGUGAUUCCAAAGUCAUUAGAGGAACUUAAGCAACUAGACUCCUUUAAUGUCUCAUUCAAUAGGUUACACGGGGAAAUUCCGAGUGGAGGGCCUUUUGUUCAUCUUCCCUUCCAAUCUUUCAUGUCGAAUAAAGGAUUAUGCGGUAACCCUCAAAAGCAUGUCCUCCCAUGUCGUUCUAAUUCAAAGAAAAGAAGAUUGAUAUGGAUUUUAGUUGCCUGUUUGGUUAUCUUUGUAGUAGGGGUUGUUUCAUCAAUAGUUUUCAUAUUGAUGAGACGUCGGGGUAAAACAGUCAAUAUUGAAGAUGAGUGGUCACCUGAGAUAGCAGCACAAAGAAUUUCUUACUAUGAACUUCAAAGAGCAACUCAGGGAUUUGAUGGAAAUAACUUGAUAGGUAGUGGAAGUUUUGGUUCUGUUUACAAAGGGACAAUGGCAGAUGGGAUGAUAGUUGCUAUUAAAGUUUUUAAUGUACAGAUGGAAGGUACAUUUCAAACUUUUGAUAUAGAAUGUGAAAUCUUGCGGAAUCUUCGCCACAGAAAUCUCACCAAGAUCAUAAGCAGUUGUUGUAACUUGGAUUUUAAAGCAUUGAUACUUGAGUACAUGCCAAAUGAGAGCUUAGACAAGUUGCUAUAUUCGCGAGAUUAUUGUUUGAAUAUAAUGCAAAGAUUGAAUAUCAUGGUUGAUGUUGCUUCUGCUCUGGAAUAUCUCCAUCAUGGUUACUCAGUACCGGUUGUUCAUUGUGAUCUGAAGCCUAGCAACGUGUUACUUGACAAUGACAUGGUGGGACACCUAACUGACUUUGGCAUCGCCAAACUUUUGACUAAGGAAGAAUCUAUUGCUCACACUACAACCUUUGCCACACUUGGUUACAUUGCUCCAGAGUAUGGUUCGGAAGGCCUUGUAUCCAAGAGGUCUGAUGUUUAUAGUUAUGGUAUCAUGUUCCUGGAAACCUUUAUAAAGAAGAAACCUAAUGAUGAAAUGUUCGUGGGAGAUUUGAAUUUGAGAAGCUACGUACAUAAUUCGCUUCCUGAUGAGCUGAAUAAUAUCAUAGAUGCCGACUUACUAACACUAGAUGAAGAAAACUUAAGUCAAAAGCUGCAAUGUGUAUCUGCAAUCAUGGAGUUAGCCAUGAAUUGCACAGCUAAUAUUGCAGUUGAAAGGAUGAACAUGACUGAUGUUGUAGCAGCAUUGAAAAAGAUCAAACAGAAGCUUUCUUCAUGUUAUCGAACGACCUUACGACAAGACAUCAGGAACCAAUAAACUUCAAGUUCUAGAUCCGCCUCUGGUUGUUCGUCGAAUGUUAUUGUUGGAUUCUAUGGUUACCGGAAGUUAAAGGGAUGAAGGCUCAACUACUUUAUACUUAACGAAGUUACUACAAUUUUGGAGACAAAAGUUAUAUAAAACCGUUGAUAGCUUGUGUACCAUUUUCUUUUUCUUGAUGAUUCAUAUUUGUUUUAAGAAUUUAAAACUUUGCAUUCCAAUUCCUAAAAUAAGUGUUUUUUCCUA